AUGCUAACCUGUCUAACGUUGUUCACGUACAUUGUGUUGACCGUAUUUGCUUCCGCCCCGCCUACCCACCCGUCCCCACUUCUCGCCUUCGCUGUCUGUCUCGCACCCACCCUUUCGCGCGCUCUGACCGAGGCCACACAGUGUUCGAUCGAUGAAACGGAAGAGAGGAAGAACAAAAGCGGAAGCAGUCCAAUGGGCGUAGGAUUGUCAGUCAAGCGGAUGCUGAAGAGAAAUCGACUUUCCGGUCAGGCCGGAAAACUAAUCGCUAUCUAUCCAAGCUCUUGA